AAGCGAGUCUUCGCAGCCAGUGGCAACUGAGGUACGCGUUGUAGCCCUCCUAGAAGGCGAGGCUUCAGCACACUUCGCCGCCUGAGAGGCACCCACCCGUAGAUGUGCAGAAAUCUAGCGGUGGCCGUGAUUUGUUGGAAAUCAUGGGCUGCAAUGAAGUACGUUCGUGAUUGAAGGCUGAUCGAUUUGCGUCAUGUCGUGGGUUCCCUCUCUGAUCCAUCAGUGUUGCUGGUUUUGAAUAUACUGGAAGCUGGGGUCUAAGCCCUGAGAGAGAGAAAGAGAAAGAAAGAGACAGAGUGACCAACGUGCUACCACCUGUUCACGGUCCCUGUUACAGAUCUACUUCCAAUUAUAAGGCCUCGGAGUGACCAUCUCUCUUGUGUGUGGAGUGCUGUGCCAGCGAGAAGCGAAGCCAUGCCUCCCCCCUCCGACAUCGUGAAGGUGGCCAUCGAGUGGCCCGGCGCCAAUGCUCAGCUCAUCGAGAUCGACCAGAAGAAACCCCUCUCCUCCAUAAUACGAGAAGUGUGUGAUGGCUGGUCUUUGUCUGGGUCGGAGCAGUUUGCCCUGCGCUAUGCAGACGGUCCUCAACUAUACAUCACUGAGCAGAGCCGUGGUGAGAUCAAGAAUGGGACCAUCCUUCGACUAGCCAUCUCCCCAGCACGGGCAGCUCGGCAAUUGCUGGACAGGAUCCAAUCGCACGGCAUUGACGCGCGCUUGGAGGCCCUGAAGGAGCUGGCCAAGCUGUCGGCCGAUCCCACCUUCGCCACCGAGUUUAUCAACAUGGACGGCAUCAGCACCUUGGCGCGCCUGGUGGAGAGCGGCACUCAUUUUGGUGAGAUGCUAGCUUUCACUCUCACGGCUUUCCUCGAGCUGAUGGACCACGGCAUUGUGUCCUGGGACCUCAUCUCUCUGUCCUUCAUCAAGCAGAUUGCGGGCUACGUGAACCAGCCCAUGGUGGACGUGUCCAUCCUGCAGCGCUCGCUAGCCAUCCUGGAGAGCAUGGUGCUGAACAGCCACAGCCUGUACCACCGCGUAGCCCAGGAGAUCACCGUGGGACAGCUCAUCGGGCACCUGCAAGUGUCAAAUCAGGAGAUCCAGACGUACGCCAUCGCGCUCAUCAACGCCCUCUUCCUCAAAGCUCCUGAGGACAGGCGACAGGAGGAGCAUACUAACCCUCUGGACCAGCGGCUCACUGAGAUGGCAAGCACCCUGGCCCAGAAGCACCUCCGAUCCAUCAUCCUCAAUCACGUCAUCAGAGGGAAUCGACCGAUCAAAGCAGAAAUGGCCCACCAGCUGUACGUGCUGCAGGUGCUCACAUUUAACCUUCUAGAGGAGCGCAUGAUGACCAAAAUGGAUCCCAGCGAUCAGGCCCAGAGGGACAUAAUUUUUGAGUUGCGACGGAUCGCCUUCGAUGGAGACAAUGACCCCAGCAACACAGAGAAGAGAAAGGCCAUGUACACCAAGGACUACAAGAUGCUGGGCUUCACGAACCAUGUAAACCCAGCCAUGGACUUCACCCAGACUCCCCCUGGCAUGUUGGCCCUGGACAACAUGCUCUACCUGGCCAAGCUCCACCAAGACACCUACAUCAGGAUUGUUCUGGAAAAUAGCAGUCGUGAGGACAAACACGAGUGUCCUUUUGGCCGGUGUGCCAUCGAGCUUACGCGAAUGCUGUGUGAGAUCCUACAAGUGGGGGAACUGCCGAACGAGGGCUGUAAUGACUACCACCCAAUGUUCUUCACCCACGACCGUGCCUGGGAGGAGUUCUUCUGCGUGUGCAUCCAGCUCGUCAACAAGACCUGGAAGGAGAUGAGAGCCACUGCUGAGGACUUCAACAAGGUGAUGCAGGUGGUGAGGGAGCAGGUGACGCGUGCUCUGGCUCUGAAGCCCUCGUCUCUGGACCAGCUGAAGAGUAAGCUGCGUGCCCUCAGCUACUCAGAGAUCCUGCGCCUCAGACAGUCAGAGAGGAUGAACCAGGACGACUUCCAGUCUCCCCCCAUCAUUGAGCUCCGUGAGCGGAUCCAGCCGGAGAUCUUGGAGCUGAUCAAACAGCAGCGUCUGAAUCGGCUGUGUGAAGGCAGCUGUUUCCGCAAGUUAGGAAACCGAAGGAGACAAGAGAAGUUCUGGUUCUGUCGUUUGUCUCUGAACCACAAGGUCCUUCACUACGGGGACCUGGAUGAGUCCCCUCAGGGGGAGGUGCCCUUUGAGAUGCUGUCUGACAAGAUCCCGGUGUCUGAUAUAAAGUCCGUGGUGACGGGGAAGGACUGUCCUCACAUGAAGGAGAAGAGUGCCCUGAAGCAGAACAAGGAAGUGCUGGAGCUAGCAUUCUCAAUCCUCUACGACCCCGAUGAGGCACUCAACUUUGUGGCGCCCAAUAAGUACGAGUACUGCAUCUGGACAGAUGGCCUGUGUGCCCUGUUGGGGAGGGAGAUGGGGAGUGACCUGACACGCAGCGACUUGGACACGCUCAUCAGCAUGGAGAUGAAGCUCCGCCUACUGGACCUGGAGAACAUCACCAUCCCUGAAGCCCCGCCCCCUGUGCCCAAAGAGCCCAGCACCUACAACUUCACCUACAACUAUGGCUGAGUGUGUGUGUGUGUGUGUGUGUGUGUGUGUUUGUGUGUGGGGGGGGUGUGUGUGUGUGGGUGUGUGUGUGUGCACGCGAGAGUGUUUCUGUCUGUGACUUUGUGUGUGAGAGAGACUGGCCUGCAUCUUAGAAUCAUAUAAGACAAAAUGUAGGGUGAGAUCAUUCAAACUCUUUACAGAUCGUCACUGUCGAGAGAAAAAAAUAUUUUGACAUAAAGCUGCCCUCAAGUAAUUCCUGCAGAAUAGUGCAAAACGUUCUCUCAUAAAGUGAUCAUUUAAUUUUAUGGAUCACUUAAGGCCUUAUCAGAUGUGUUCCUGUGUUUACUUCAACUCUUUACCUGCACGUCCCUCUGUAAUGACGACAGUGUUUUAAUAGUCUUUUUUUUUUUUUUAACCUUGCCCAUCCAUAUGAGUCUGUUUUGCAGGGACCAGGUAUUUGCAGACAUGGAGAAAAAAAGUCUAUUUACUCUCUACUAAUCUCAAUCAACGUUUAUUAUUUGGAAUAGAAUUAUAUUUUUGUAAAUGGUGCCAGUGAGAGCUGUGAUUGACAGGACCGGGACGGUAUGAUUUCCCCCAAGUUGGGAAUGUUGCACGGAUGCAAGAAAACCCCCAAAUUGCAGCUCUUUUACCAACUACACUCCAAAUUCCAGUCAUUACUGUUGUUAGGAGUGUGGAGUUCAGAGAAUGAACCAUGUCAUGCCCUGUGGUACACCGGAUGGUGUACAAACCUGACAAAUGCAUGAAGUCGUUAAGCUAAAGGAAUGUAUGCUCUGAAGCAACCCAAGUUUGUAUUUAGACUGUAACAGUGUUUUUGGAUACCUUGAAAGUAACUGAAGUGGAUUUGUAUUCAAGGACUUGAAAGUAUAGUAAACGUAACAAAAGUCCUGGAGAGAGCUUGAAUUUUACUAUCAACGUUUGCAUAAAAUCAGAGUAAAGGUUGAUGGGAAUUGGUUGCACUCAAGAAGUUAGCUUGUUUACGUGGUACUUCAGAUGGCAAAUGUUCUCCUAGCUUCAAGUCCUUUAACCACAAACCAGGUCCACGAGCCUUGAUCCGACUUUAUCACUUUUACAAAAGAAAAUGAAAGCAGUGAUUAAGUCAGAGGUCAAGCAUAUAAUGCCAAGAUUAAUUGAAUCAUUUGUUAGUUUGGGGGCUGAGGACACAAAUGUGUUGGUGCUUUUUUCGGAAUACAAUUGCAGAGAUUAGAAAUCCUUGAAUUGGAUGUUCACAAAAAUUGUUAUGAGAAGCCUGCCUUGAAGGAUCCACAGGUGCAUGACUUGGCUGAUAAAUGCAAUUCUUGGUACACCAACGGUAACAUUGGCUUUUAAUUACAUACAUAUCAUGCGAAUGGGAAAGCUAAUCUGUCUGGCUCAGUACAUUGUGAAGGUUGCUGGUGAUUUAUCAUGGACAUCAUGUCCAGUAUGUUUUUUUCUGUGUGAUUCCUCAAUGAUGUCGCCUCUACUUUAGGCUCUGUGUGGUUCUGGUUUAUGAAGGAAUGUUUUUGCACAGCGACACUAAAGGAAACCCACGUCUGAUGUCAUGACCAGCUGAUGUUGGCUUUGGAGCUUAGACGUGAAGGCCGCUGAGAAAAGGGGAUCACUGGUGACCUGUUCAAAACCUGGGAGAGUGCUCGAUCUUACUACAUGACUUAACCAUGGCCCUGUCAAGGCUUGUGAUGGUAGUGAUUGACAUGUUGUUAGUGGAGAAAUAACAACAUUUUAAAGUUUAAAUAUGGUAUUCAUAUAUAAAUCAGUGUCUGUAUAUAUUGUGCUGCCUUAUUGAAAUACUUGUCAUCCGUUUGUGAAUAAAAUGCAAAGUUUAAUUGGUCA